AUGUUAGAAAUACUGCGAAUCAACACAGCUGAAGAUGUUUUCUUGCAGGUAUGUGAAAUGGCUACUGGCCUCCUUGCAAUUGGAAUAGAGAAGGGGGAUCGUGUUGGGAUGUGGGGUCAAAACUACUACGAAUGGAUGGUCAUACAAUAUUCUACGGCGCUGUGUGGAAUAAUUCAAGUUAAUAUCAAUCCUUUUUACAAAGCACCUGAACUAGAGUAUGCACUGAGAAAAGUUGGUGUAAAAGCCCUUGUCACCCCAAAAGCUCACAAGCAGAACAAAUUCUACGAUGUCUUGGCUGAAGUUCUGCCCAGUAUUACCACGGGGAAGGCUGGACUCGGAACAGUUGAAAGCAGUAAAUUACCUGAUCUAAAGCAUAUCCUCGUUUUUGGUGAAAAGGAGAAACUACCAGGAGCUUGGCAGUUCGAUGAAAUAUGGAAAGCUGGCGGUACUUACGAAUUAAGUAUGUUAGAUGAAGUCAGAAGUCAUGUGUUACCUGAAGAUCCUGUAAACAUUCAGUAUACAAGUGGUACAACAGGUCUUCCUAAAGCAGCAACACUCUCUCAUUUCAACAUUAUCAAUAACUCCUUCUUAAUUGGCUUAACAUCAGGCUGGCAUGAAGAAAAUCAUAGGAUAUGUAUCCCAAACCCGCUAUAUCAUUGUUUCGGAUGCGUGAUUGGUGCCUUGAAUGCUUUGAAUCACAAUCAAACAUGUGUAUUUCCUUCUAUAUCAUACGACACAAAAGCCAUUCUUGAGAGCAUCAGUAAAGAAAAAUGCACCUUUAUCUUCGGUACGCCGACAAUGUUCAUUGACCUUCUUUCGACUCCUUUCUUGAAAACUGCUGACAUUAGCAGUCUACGCGGUGGUUAUAUUGCUGGAGCACCAUGUCCUCUAUCGCUGUGUAAGCAAAUGGUGGAUCAUCUGAAUAUGAAUGAUAUAUACGUUCUCUAUGGGACUACGGAGCUCUCUCCUGGAGUAUCGAUGUCAGUUCAACGAGAUGAGCCAGAAGAAAGGAUUAAAAGCGUAGGUCAUGUCCUUCCAUCAACAGAGGUAGUGAUUGUUGAUAAUAACAACAGAGUGGUUCCAAGAGGAGAGAAAGGAGAACUCUGGGCAAGAGGAUAUAUGACAAUGAGUGGAUAUUGGGGAGAUGAGGAAAAAACGAAGAAGGAGAUAACUCCUCAAAAUUGGUAUAAAACUGGAGAUACAGCGAUCAUGAAUGAGAACGGAACAAUCAACAUAAUUGGUAGAAACAAGGAUAUGAUUGUCAAAGGUGGAGAGAAUGUCUAUCCAACCGAAAUAGAAACAGCAAUGUUCAAGUUCCCCUACAUAGCUGACGUGCAGAUAGUAGGAGUUCCAGAUGAGCGGUAUGGAGAAAACAUAUGUGGUUGGGUUCGUUUGAAAGAACAGUAUGUGGGGAAAGUGAAUGAAGAUCACAUCAAAGAAGAUUGCAAGAAAGCUAUGGCUUAUUAUAAGGUUCCGAAAUACUUGUUCAUCAAGGAGCAAAAAGACUUUCCAUUAACAGCAACGGGGAAAGUCAAGAAGUUCGAAUUGCGUAGUAUCUCCAAGUCUUUAUUAGGCUUGGAAAAUAGCGGUCCCCAUUUUUCAUCAGCUCACAUCUGA